CUUUACGGUUGGGUUAAAAGACCAAUCCCACAGGCCGUAUAGUCUUCCUGUUAUAUCGAUGACAUUUUUGGUGCUGAGCUUUGUAACGCUGACCUUUCUCCUCCUUAGCUUCUCUCCUCACCUCAGUCUUUGCCGCACAACUGCCGCCCCACUGGUUUGCGGUUCCCCGUUGCUCCCAAAUAGGAUAGUUGGAGGUUCUGCUGCCACCGAGGGGGCAUGGCCUUGGCAGGUCAGUCUGCGCUAUAAAGGGAUACACAUCUGCGGGGGGUCUGUGAUUGGCACUCAUUGGAUUCUGACUGCCGCCCACUGCUUCUUAAUUUCCCAGUCCCCAUCAGACUUUGAGGUUCGGCUGGGCGCCUACCAGUUGUCUCUGACAAGCCCCAAUGAGAUCACAUACAAGGUGGACAGAAUUAUUGUGAACUCCCAGUUUGACAGCUCAUCUCAUUAUGGAGACAUUGCCUUAAUCAGACCGACAAGUCCCAUCACCUACACCCCGUACAUCCUACCUGUCUGCUUGCCUUCAACAUCUAACAGCUUUCCUGAAGGCAUGGAAUGCUGGGUAACUGGAUGGGGCACAACUGCGUUUCAAGUGAACCUACCAUAUCCCCAGACCUUGCAGCAAGUGAUGACCCCACUUAUUAGUAGGACAAGUUGUGACCAGAUGUACCACAUCGGAACGAAUGUGCCUUCUAGUACUGCCAUAAUCCCAUCAGAUCAGAUCUGUGCCGGCUAUGCAGCAGGGCAGAAGGACUCCUGUCAGGGAGACUCCGGGGGACCCCUUGUCUGUAAAUUACAAGGAAUCUGGUAUCAGAUUGGCUUUGUGACUUGGGGAGAUGGAUGUGCCAUUGCCAACCGACCUGGCGUUUAUACUCUGGUGCCGGCCUACCAAUCAUGGCUCUCCUCAUACAAUGCAACAGAAAAUACAGUCAAUGUAGACAGUGUACCCACAACAGCACCCCCCACUCUAAUAUCAAAUGUAUCCUCCUUAUUUUCCUUAAGUAAAUCAGCCCCCCUGCCCGGUGCCUGUUCCUUACUCUGCAUCUGGCUCAUUGCCAUGGCUAAGGACUCUUCUGUCUCCCCCUCAGUCUCUGACACAACUUCUACCCUGUCUUGCGGUUCCCCAUUGGUCUCCAACAGGAUAGUGGGCGGUACUGAUGCCACAGAUGGGGCGUGGCCCUGGCAGGUCAGUCUGGACUAUCACGGGUCACACAUCUGUGGGGGGUCCUUGAUCGCCACCCAGUGGAUCAUGACAGCCGCCCACUGCUUUGAAUAUUCCAAGUCUCCAUCAGACUAUAAAAUCCGCUUGGGCGCCUACCAGCUGUCUCUGAUUAGUCCACAUGAGAUCACAUCCACCGUUGACAGUAUCAUUGUGAACUCACCGAACAGCAGCUCAACCAACACAGAUAUUGCCUUAAUCAGACUAACGAGCCCCAUCACUUACACCAAGUACAUCUUGCCUAUCUGCCUACCUUCAACAUCUGACGGCUUCACCGAAGGCAUGGAAUGCUGGGUAACUGGAUGGGGCACAAUUGCUUCUCAAGUGAACCUACCUUAUCCAAUGACCCUGCAGCAAGUGAUGACUCCACUUAUUAGCAGGGCAACAUGUAACCAAAUGUACAACACUGAUUCCCUGUUGAGUGUGGUGGUUCCAUUAGACCAGAUCUGUGCUGGAUAUGCAGCAGGGCAGAAGGACUCCUGUCAGGGAGACUCCGGAGGACCCCUUGUCUGUCAAUUACAGGGCAUUUGGUAUCAGAUUGGCAUUGUGAGUUGGGGAGAAGGAUGUGCCGUACGCAACCGACCCGGCGUUUAUACCCUGGUACCUGCUUACUACUCAUGGGUCAUUGCAGAAGAAAAUACAAAUAAUGUAGUUAGUGUGGGCACAACCAAUAGUCUACCCACAACGACCGCCGCUGGCACCACCACCACACAGGGAAAUAUUAGGUCCUCCUCAUCUUCCUUAGAUAAAUCAGCCCACCUGAUUGGUGCCUUUACCCUUGUGUUCAUCUGGCUCAUUGCAGGGGCUGAGGGCCAAUGAAAGUUUGGGAUUUCUUAUCAUUGUAGCCACUCCUACAUGGAACAUAAGGAAUAUCUCAAGUCUAGAUUCAAGAUGGCGGC